UUACAAGAGAAAAUCAGUAUGAAAAACUACACUGUAGUUACAGAGUUUGUGCUCUUGGGAAUAUCAGAAAACAGAGAGCUUCAGGUAAUAAUUUUCAUCUUUUUAUUAAUAACUUACAUAUUAAGUAUCACUGGAAACUUAAUCAUCAUCAUCCUCACCUUGCUAAACUCUCACUUAAAGACUCCUAUGUAUUUCUUCCUCCGGAAUUUCUCCUUCUUAGAAAUUACAUUCACCAGUGUUUCCAUCCCCAGAUUUUUGGCAUCAAUAAUUACUAAAGUCAAGACCAUUUCCUAUAACAAUUGUUUGGCUCAGUUAUUUUUCUUCAUCUUCAUUGGUGUGACAGAAUUUUUUCUUCUAACUGCUAUGUCUUAUGAUCGCUAUGUUGCCAUCUGCAAACCACUGCAUUACACCACCAUCAUGAACCAGAAAGUUUGCACCCUUCUUGUCCUUGCCUCAUGGCUGGCAGGAUUUCUAACCAUCUUCCCACCACUCAUGCUGGUCCUCAAGUUAGAUUUUUGUGCUUCUAAUGUCAUCGAUCACUUCUGCUGUGACUAUUUUCCCCUCUUACAACUGUCUUGCUCAGAUACUUGGCUCCUAGAAGUGAUUGGUUUCUACUUUGCUCUGUUUACUUUGCUGUUCACGUUGGCGUUGGUGAUUUUAUCUUACAUGUAUAUUAUCAGGACUAUUUUAAGAUUUCCAUCUAUCAGUCAGAAGAAAAAGGCUUUCUCCACCUGUUCCUCUCACAUGAUUGUCAUCUCCAUGUCUUACGGAAGCUGCAUAUUUAUCUAUGUGAAACCAUCUGCAAAAGAAAGGGCAUCACUGACCAAAACAGUAGCUGUUCUCAGCACUUCAAUUGCUCCCAUGUUGAACCCUUUUAUUUAUUCCUUGAGGAACCAGCAAGUAAAACAAGCCUUCAAAGACUUAGUUCAUAAAGUAGCUUUUGACAGAAACAAAUGA